AUGGAAUUGAUAGCUAGGUACGAUUGGAAGUCUAUUCUUAUGUACGAUAAUGAGUUUAGGAAAUUGCAGGCUAUCUAUAAGUUUUCAUGGAGUUUUGACUCCACGCAUUUGCAUACGGUUUUACUUCAGCCCAUUUAUGAACCUAACCCACCCACAGCCACUACUAAACCAUCUGCUUCUAAUACCUACCAGCGCAACGCCUUUGCCAGCUUUACGCCAGAUGGUAGGGUUAUCUGCCGCAAUUUUAAUGGGCCCAGGGGUUGUACACUCCCAAAUUGUAAUUUUGCCCAUGUCUGUAAUCGCAAGAUUGCAGGGAAGGCUUGUGCCAUGUCUCAUCCAGGGUUCUCUCACAAAGUUGCCGAACCUCCAAGCGCGCAAACACCGCAAUGACUACCCCUACAUAAAUUAAGUAAUAGUCCCCUUAACCGCAAUCUUUGGCUGUUAGAAUUAUUCCUAUUAUUCCUAAACCAAAUUUCCCUGAAAUUCGCCUCAUCCAUGAUUGCUCUCGUCCGCACGGACAGGCUGUAAACGACUACAUCACUACCAAUUCUUUUAAAUUUCAAACUCUUGACGACGCUACUACAUUACUGCGGCCAAACUAUUAUAUGGCAAAAAUUGACCUCUGGCAUGCAUACCGCUCUGUUCCCAUUCACCCCGACAAUUAUAAAGCAACCGGGUGCAAGUGGCAAUUUCUUGGUGAUCAUAGCUAUACUUAUUUUUACGAUACUCGUUUCCUUUCGGAGCCAAAAGCUCACCGGAAAUCUUUCAUCGCAUUACGCAAUCGGUCCGCCGUAUGA